AUGGCGUCGUCGGCGACGGUAAAUGAAACGAUGUCACCGAAUAUAUCAACGAAUUCCCCUGUAUGUCACUUCGCUGACGACGACGUACUCUUUAUAUUUUAUACAGUCUCGUAUACUGUAGCUCUAUUGGGGAAUUUGGCAUUUCUGUCCGUAGUCAUCAAGGUGAAAUCCAUGAGAACUAUGCCGAAUUUCUUUUUCAUCAAUUUAUCCAUGGCGGACACCUUGUUCAUGACCUAUUAUGUACUGCAUCUUAUGUCGCAAAGACUGAACAUUCAGCCACUGAAAGAAAUUCAUUACAAAGGCGGACACUCCAUCACCGACGUGGCGUUCUGCGUCUCUAUGCUCACCGUGGCACUGGCCAGUCUGAACCGCUACAUCGCCAUCUGCCAUCCAUUCAAAGCGGAGAGGUUACGACUGCAGAGCAUCUCCCGGAUCGUCGUGUCCAUUGCAUUCUGCUGGCUAUACGGAAUUGCCGUCGGGGUGUUUGAUGUCUUGAUAUAUACGUACAGCAGCAGUAUACAGUUGAAGCUCUUCUCCAUUUUACUGAUUCUGCUCUCUGUCUCGAUAGUAGCGUCGAUCUGCAUCGUGUUGAUGUCGUACAUUUUGAUCGCUAGACGUAUGAUUGUUUCCAAACCGUCAUAUAUACCAACAACUGUCCACAUCCACACGUCGUGCAUAUCCGAAGAGAGUCAGGUGCUCCUCCUCUGUGCUUCAAUAACCGUUGUAUUCUUCAUCAGUUGUUUCCCCUUAGCAACCCUUUACAUUGUAACGACAAUCACACAGGUUCUUGGAUUCGUACCAUUACCAAGAAAGAAGAUUGCCUGUCUCGCGUUCGUGGCAAAACUAAUGGUACCACUACACUUCGCCCUGAACCCCAUUCUCUACAACAUAGGUAGUAAAAACCAUAGAACAGCUUUCCGCAAAGUGUGGUCACCAAGAUCGGCACGAGAGCAGUCACAGGUGGCGCAGGACGUGUAG